GCUCCGAAUCACGUGUUCAUAGGAAAUACACUCGCUUUAAUUUUUUUGGAGCUGCCUCGUCCUGCACCGCCGACCGUAGUUGUUUUGCCGUCUCCAUACAGUGUGGCUGAGGGGUGGAAAGGUAAUGUAAUGUAAUGUACCUUGCUGUGGUCACUGACGGGUUCACGCCAGUUCACCGGGUUCACUUGAGGAGAGCUCCCACCCCCUGCUCGCCUCCUCUUCUUCUCAAAGCGCAACGAUCGGAGCUAAUCCAAUAUUAUUCAUUUAUAUAUUAAUGUCGGAUUCCAUUUUUCCCACCGACUGUUGAGGUUCCCAGGGAGCUGUUAAACUUGUCCAUGUGACAGGAGUCCUGAAGUGGCAGAAGGCAUGAAGCAACACUGUGAUAUCCUAGUGGCUGGUCCAUGACACGAAACUCCAUUCAACCCACUCCACUAUCCACCCGCCCUCUGUACUCAUCAUACCGGACAACCAAUCACUCACUCUCCCAUCUACACAAAGCUGCACAAUGGCCAGCAAGAGGAAAUCCACUGUACCCUGCAUGAUACCAUCCAAAUCCAAACAUGUGCGUGAGGAAAUCAUACUGGGCUCACUACCAGAACUCCUACCAACAAUCCCAGAAGAUAGCAUACUCAGCAUCUCGGGAGAAGAGUCUGGCCAUUUCUCUCACAGCUCCUCGAAAUCUGACAGUGGCAGCGAGAUGCAAAAAGGAGGUACAUACAGCUGUUCGACUUGCUGUUUCGAAUCCAGAGAUCUAAACUACUUUUUGGAUCACAUGCACAACUGCCACUUAGACUUCAGGGCCCAGCCCACCUUCUACUGCCUGAACUGUGGGGUGUCAGUCGUCCGCUUUGAGGCUCUGGCUCUGCAUAACGCCAACGCCCACCCUAAGAUAAUGGAGGGCUUGGUCACUGCCUCCCUAACUGUCAACAAGAGGGAUAGAGUAACAACUGUGGAACAAAGUCUGUUCACGGACAGUGGAGAAGACUACAGAGAAUCUGGGAUUUCCCUUACCAAAACACCGAUUGCAAAGAUGAUGAAAACCAAGGGGGAGCACAAAAAGAUUGUGGUUUCUCACACCGUGGAGGUACGGAAGAUAGACACUGGAAAGGAUGUAGACUCCAGCAUGCUGACAAAUGUGCCUGAACUCCAAAACGGGGCUCUCAGUGUUUCUGGCGCCCCAGCUAUGCCGAGGACCACUGUCACUCAUGUGAUUACAACGACAGUGUCCAACCAAGUCUUUCACCAGCACACUCCCUCCCUUUACUCUCCCUCUUCCUGCAACUCUAAUAAAGACCUUCCAAAGGUGAUGAUCCCUCUCAGCAGCAUCCCCACGUAUGAUGCUGCUAUGGACACCAGCAGCUUUCUCAAGACAUCCUUUGGCAAGUUCCCCUACCCGACCAAAGCCGAACUCUGCUACCUAACAGUGGUCUCAGAGUUCCCUGAAGAGCAGAUCAAACUGUGGUUUACUGCCCAAAGGCUCAAGCAGGGCAUAAGCUGGUCUCCUGAAGAGAUCGAGGAGGCCAGGAGGAAGAUGUUCAACACUGUGUUCCAAGGUGGAGCACCUCAAAAGCAGCCCACUACACCACGGCACGUCAAUCAUGUUGUAACCCACCACACUGUCACUGCCCAGCCGGGCUCAAAAGGACCAAACUUUCAUAUGGCCAAAGUUCCCUAUGGCAGUAUAAAAACCAGGUCUGUCGGAGUCAUAGCCUCGCAGGCCAGCAUGUCAACCAACCCCCAUGUCACCAGGGUCUCGUAUUCUACUCCAAUUGUCCCCCCAAAGUUUCCAUCCAUAGUCAGAACAACACAGGUACUGACCAAGAAUACUCAACCCACUGUGGAGCCAGAUAAGAGCAAUGGCCUCGGCCUGGACAUGGCUGGAAACAGUGGUUGUGUCAGUAGCACCAGCAGCAGUCGAAGCAGCAGUAGCAGCAGUAGCAGCAGUAGUUGCAGUAGUAGCAGCAGCAUCAGCAGCUAUUCCAGCAGUAGUAAUGGUGGUGAGACUGUCACCAGGAAACCGGUGCAAAACAGCUGCCCCACAAACAGCAUCAACAGCAUUGCCACUUGCUCUACCAACAUUAGCAAUAAUGAUGAGCACUAUGUUGCUGACACCAACGGCAAACCAAAUCUCAAAAGCAACAGUUUACCAAUCAGAUUGGAAGGUUCAAACAGUACCAAGAGUCAGGUGAUCAUCGAUAACACCAGCAAAUCCAACAUCACCUGUAACAAUCACAACAGCGGCAUCAUCAGUCCACAGGAACAGGCCCAUGCCACAAAGCCCGAUGACGAGCGCAACAACUACAUCCACAAGCCCAACAACAGUAGUAUUAGCAGUGAAUACCCCAGUACUACCUGUAAUGACAGCGUCCCUAACCUGAACCAUGCCAGCAAAUCCCCAACUGAAAGCACCAGCACCGCUGUCAUUACAAAAAGCAGCUCGUCCAUUUUGGAUGAGGGUAAAUGCAACAAGGACUUACCCAUAAAAGGCAUGUCAAUCCUAAAGCAACUCAUUAAGGAGGAGGACCCGUUUGCCGGGGACAGAGGCUGCCCAGAGCUGAAAGUUGACCCCAUCAAGAUCAACUUUAAGAGGCUGAAGAUGAAUGAAAUAGAGACUACAUCUGAGAUUGUACAUCAAGAACACAAGUCUGAGGUAGGCGAAGUGUCUGCUUCUCAGCCAUCUUUCUCCCCCCCAUGGGGCAACAAGACCCCCCAGCAGCUGCACAUCCUCCGACAGGUUUUCUCCAACACCCGUUGGCCCAGCAGUCAGCAGUACGAGGACCUAAGUGUCCAGACAGGCCUUCCCAAAUCAGAGGUGGUGCGCUGGUUCAGCGACAGCCGAUACAGCCACAAGAACGGGCAGCUGAAGUGGCUGGAGACCUAUCAGCGAUCGCCAACGGAGUCAGAGGAAGCAAGGGGCCACGGAGACACCGAGGCGGAGUCACCGAAAGACCCUCAAGUGGCCAAAAAGAAACUUGCUGAGCAAGACAUGAACAAGCACCUUGAAGGAGAAGCAGGACUGAACACAGGGCAGCGGGUUGUGUGGCAGGAUACAUACUCACCGCUGCUCGGCCUGAUGGGGUCCGAGGGGAGCAGCGAGCGAGGCCAAGCUGAGGAGUCAGCGCAGCCAGGAGUCCUGCAGGAUCCCUGGUCAGAGGGAGCAGAGGACCAUCAGCAGCCAGUGGCCAGUCAGUCACUCAUUGAACAACAGACUGAUGCCAAUCAGGCCAGGGAUCGCCUGAGGAUGGAGCUGCUGGAGGUGUGAUGAAGCGGGCCCCAAUCUCGCCAGAGGAACAUCAUGUUUAAAGGCUGGCUUGCUCCCCUGGCCGUGGUCUAAAAAAAAAAAAAGAGUGUUCAUAAUGACAGCAGAUGUGAUUGUAGCUGGACCGAUGGACUCUGACUGUAACUGUGAAUACCCCCCACCCCCCCCACCCCUCCUCCUCCUCCUCCUCCUCCUUCUCCUCCUCUUCCAUCUGCCAUCACUUCCUGCCAUCGUCAAAAGAAAGAACUUCUCACCUUUGAGUUCUGUGAUGUUUAAGCCUUUCAUGCUUCUUUGUGGUUGUGUGGGGAGGGUGCACAAUGAGGUCAGUACGAGGGAUCAAAGAAAAGAAAGAGAAAAGACGCACACUGACUGGAAAACUGACUUGAAUGAGCGAAGACAGGAUAGGAUAGGGCCGAAAGAUAUUGUUUUUGGGUCAGAUGGAGAAAUAUAUAUAUAUAUGAUUGAAACUGCACUAUAAAAGAGGGUUUGUACUGACUGGACAAACAAAAGAUGUGUCAAGGAAAUGUUAUUGUUGGCUUUGUGAUAUUUUUUACUUUUUUAGCAACCAGUACUUCAGCACUGCCUUGAAUUUUACUUUUUCCGUUAUUUGGUUUUUCAAUUCUAUUUACUCUUCUAUAGUCACUGUAAGUCCAGAUGCAAUCAAACAUGUUUUAUUUAGAUCUGUAUAAAUGUUGGUGAUCACUUUGCAGUUCAGCUACACGCAAGAGACUAUAUACAAUGCACUAAUGAAGACAGCAAUGCUAAAAAUCACACUGCCCCACAUUAAAGGUAUUGACAGUUCUGUCAAGAUCAAUACACUACACUGCCCUGCAAACUGAACAGAGAGAAGCCUGUCACGCUAACGUUGCCUUACUCAGCUCUGUCCAUGUGUUUAUAUGACCUGUCUGUCCAUCACCUUGCUUUCCAGCUACUGUGCUGUCCUGAAAAAAGAAAAAAAAAAACAUGCCAGUGCAUCGAUGGUCACUGUUGGUCUAUAUCUGUGAAAAAAACUCGUGCUGCUUUCUGUAUACACUUGGAGUUUAACUUUAAGCUGUAAUUGUAUCAAAUAUUGUUACUGGCAAAAUGUUGUUUAAAGCAAAAUUAUCAAUUUGAUCCCUAGACAAUGACAGAGUGAGAUAUCGUGCUAGCUAGAGAGCCAAAUGAGGAGAUCUUUGCUCUUCUCUGAAUUUUCUUGUGUUUAUAUAAACAUACAGUCACUACAUGAAUCCUAUUAAGCUGCAUCUUUGUCAAGCUGCUAAUAGCUAAGAACGGUGCUAUACCAUCCAAAGUGAAAUUGGAGGUUGAUCUCCUACCAGCAGUGUAUGCACUUGUGUCGAAUGUUACAAAUUUAUUUUGGUUUGAGAUAAAUGGAAUCUGGACUUACGGUGUUAUGAUCACUUAAAAAACUUUUAUGAAAUAGUCUGAUCAUAAAGCACUGUUGUAUCAUCCUUUCUACACUUCUGAAUCUUUACAGAAUAAACUGAAUACUCACCAAG